AUGGUUGCUGCUGGCAGAUUCUCGAUGCGCAGAGUUUAUAACUGGCUGUUAGAGGAGAACACUGUAGUGCCUUGGUACAGUUUGAUGAUGCACAACAUGGCUAGACCUAAGGCUCGGGUCACCCUUUGGAUGCUAUGCCAUGGGCACCUCCCCACGAAGGAUAGGCUGAACCAUUUUGGUAUUAUUUCGAAUACAAUAUGCAACAUGUGUGGCAAGGAAGAGGAAAAUGCAGACCAUGUUUUCUUCUCGUGUGAUGAAACAAUGGGGAUUUGGCAAGGGAUUCUCCAUUGGUUGAACAUUAGUCACAACAUUCAGCCUUGGAGUAGAGAUAUUAACUGGAUUUUGGCUAAAGCUAAAGGCAGAGGUUGGAGAGCAAGGAUCUUCCACAUGGCCGUUACUGAAGCUAUUCAUGAAAUAUGGUUAUAUAGGAAUGCUAUAGUAUUCAAGAAUGAUACUUAUAGGAACAAUACCUUAAAUAGAAUUAAAAAUAGUGUUGUAUAUAUGGGUUGGAGAAAUAGGAGAGUUAGAGAGCAUAUUGCAUCUCUAAUGGUAUAG